AUGAAAAAGAGUAGUAAAAUUGAAGAGGUCAAAAGUGCAGCAAAAGAGAGGAAUGUUGAUGAACUGGUUAAAAUGGCAAGUAGAGUAGAUCCAAAGGAGGCACUGCCACUCUACGAGGAAUUCUACGAGAAUGAGAUGAAUAGAAGUGUAUUCGUACACAACUUCGUGGAGAGAUUCGGAGACAGACGUGGUAGUACAGUACAAGCCAGACUGAAAAACAGGGCUGGAUUGCAUACAUUUCAGUUAAACGAGUUUUCCAGUGCGAAUAGAAAGUAA